AUGUUCACCCGAGUAGCCGAGCAGCCGGGCAGUCUCUGGGCAGGAGGUGACCGAGCCAAGUUCCAAUUGUACCGACCCCUCAGUGGCAACACGGCCCAACGUGGCCGGAAACGUACUGUCCCCAGUCGAGGCCCGAAGAGCCCAGAAGAGUUGGGAGCCAUCCACGACAUGACGGCCAAGGACUACCACUCUGUUAAGAUCCCCACGACGCUCAUUUCCUCCCUUAGCUGUACCCUCACCAUGUACAUGUUCAUGGGGCCCUUCAACGAGGCUGACUUCUAG